AGGCAAUCCAAGCUCCCAUAGCCCUGCCCUUUGAACGCGAAUUGGCCGUUCUCCAACAACGCCAACAUGGAUGAUCUUUAUGAUGAGUUCGGUAAUUACAUUGGCGAAGCUGAGUCCGACGAUGAUGUGCAGUCUACCGGAGACGCAGCAGACGCCUAUGUUCUGGACGAUGAAGCCUCCGAAGAUGGCGUGCAGAACGAUCAGCAGCUCAUGGAGGUAGACGAAGGUCCAUCGAAUGCCGUCAUAUUACACGAAGACAAGCAAUACUACCCCUCCGCGUCCGACGUCUACGGUGCCGAUGUGGAAGUCCUUGUGGAAGAGGAGGAUACACAGUCGCUGGCGCAGCCGAUCAUCGCGCCAGUCGUGAAAAAGAAGUUCACAGUGCAGGAGGCAGACCUGCCCCCGGUGCAUUUCAAGAGAGAUUUCUUGACAGAUUUGAUGAACUUCCCAGAUCAAAUAAGGAAUAUCGCGAUCGCUGGACAUCUACAUCACGGAAAAACUGCUUUCAUGGAUAUGCUUGUUCUGGAGACCCACGACAUUCAGGAUAAACUGGACAAGAAGCGCGGGCGCAAGCGGGAGGAGCAGUUGCGAUACACAGACGUACACGUGCUAGAACGCGAACGAGGACUAUCAAUAAAGGCUGCACCCAUGAGCUUGGUCCUGCAGAGCACAGCUCAAAAGUCGCAUUUGUUCAACAUCCUGGAUACCCCUGGACACGUGAACUUUGCCGACGAGGUGGCUGCAUCUUUGCGACUGGUUGACGGUGUUGUUUUGGUAGUUGACGUGGUGGAGGGUGUUCAAGUGAAUACCGAACACAUCAUUAAGCAUGCUGUGCUCGAAGAUCUUCCUUUGACCUUAGUCGUCAACAAAAUGGAUCGUUUGAUGCUCGAAUUGAAGCUGCCCCCGAAGGACGCAUAUUUCAAGAUAAAGCACGUGAUCGAACAGGUCAACACUGUCAUUGAGAACACCAUUCCAGGCCGAGGAGAGAAGAGGCGCAUCAGUCCCGAAAAAGGCAAUGUGACUUUCGCAUGCACUAGUAUGCAAUGGUGCUUCACGUUGCAAUCCUUCGCGAAGAUGUACACCGACUUCUACCCGGGAGCCAACAAGAAGUCAGGCUUUGGGCAGCCUAACAAGACAAUCGAUGCCCUGAAAUUCGCGCAACGACUGUGGGGCGAUAUUUACUUCAACCCAGGAAGCCGGAAAUUCACAAGGAAACCGCAGGAGGAGGACUCACAGCGCUCAUUCGUUCAUUGGGUGCUUGAACCCAUCUACAAACUCUAUUCACACACACUCAGUGAAUCUCCAGAGGAUCUGGAAGAUACACUCGCUACCCUCGGCAUCCACUUAAAGCCAUCCCAGUAUAAGACAGAUGCCAAGGAGCUCAUGCGUCUUGUCUGUCAGCAGUACUUCGGACCACCGAGCGGAUUCGUGGACAUGGUCACACAACAUGUUCCUUCGCCAGAGGAUGGCGCUAAGCGGCUAUUGGAGAGGUACUAUACUGGACCUCUGGACACCAAGACCGCAGAAUCAAUGCAGAAGUGCGAUCAAGAUGGACCCCUAGUGAUCCAUGUCACGAAGCUUUUCAACUCAGAGGAUGCGAAGACAUUCCACUGCUUGGGCCGUGUCAUGAGUGGAAUUGCAAAAUCUCCCCAAUCGGUUCGCGUUCUAGGCGAGGGUUACACGAUCGAAGAUGAGGAGGACAUGGUUGUCGCAACUGUGACAGACACAUGGAUUGCAGAGUCCCGGUACAACAUCCCCACAAGUGGUGUACCUGCAGGAAACUGGGUUCUUCUUGGCGGCGUGGACAACUCAAUCGUGAAGACUGCGACAAUUGUCGCUCCCAAGCUCCCGGAUAACGAAGAUGCAUACAUUUUCCGACCUAUACGACAUUUCUUCGAAUCUGUUUUCAAGGUUGCGGUUGAGCCUAUCAACCCCUCGGAAUUACCUAAGAUGUUGGACGGGCUCCGAAAGAUCAACAAAUCUUACCCGCUUAUCACCACCAAGGUCGAAGAGUCAGGCGAGCACGUGGUUCUAGGCACAGGCGAGCUGUACAUGGACUGUGUGCUGCAUGAUCUUCGUCGCUUGUAUGCAGACAUGGAGAUUAAGGUGUCUGACCCAGUGACCCGGUUCUGCGAGACCGUUGUUGAGAUGUCAGCCAUCAAAUGCUACGCCCUCACCCCCAACAAGAAAAACAAGCUUACUAUGAUCGCCGAGCCCCUGGACCCAGGCAUCGCAGAGGACAUCGAGUCCGGCAAAGUCUCGAUCAAAGACCCUGUCCGCGUCGUCGGCAAGUUCUUCGAAGAAAACUAUGGCUACGACCUCCUCGCCUCGCGCAACAUCUGGGCCUUCGGACCGGACGACAUGGGCGCCAACAUCCUCCAAAACGACACUCUCCCCUCAGACGUCGACACCAAGACCCUCCGAUCCGUGCGCGACACCCUCCGCCAGGGCUUCAGCUGGGCGACGCGCGAAGGACCCCUCUGCGAAGAACCAAUCCGCAACACCAAAUUCCGCAUUACAGACGUCGACCUCGCACCGGAGCCCAUCUUCCGCGGCGGCGGCCAAAUCAUCCCAACCUCCCGCCGCGCAUGCUACUCCUCCUUCCUGAUGGCGUCCCCGCGCCUCAUGGAGCCUAUGUAUAGCUGCAACAUCACGGGCCCCGCCGACGCCGUCUCCUCCCUCUACACCGUCCUCGCUCGUCGCCGCGGUCACGUCCUCCAGGAAGACCCCAUCGCGGGCACCCCCCUCUACUCCGUCAAGGGCCUCAUCCCCGUCAUCGACUCCUUCGGCUUCGAAUCAGAUCUCAGGAUCCACACGCAGGGCCAGGCCAGCGUCUCCCUCGUCUUCGACAAGUGGAGCAUCGUCCCCGGCGACCCGCUCGACAAGGACAUCCAGCUGCGCAAAUUGGAGCCCGCGAGCGCGCAGGCCCUGGCUAGGGAUUUCGUGCUCAAGACGAGGAGGAGGAAGGGUCUUGCUGAGGACGUCACGAUUAGCAAGUUCCUCGAGCCCGAGCUGUUCAGGGGUUUGAAGGAGAGUGGCGUGCUGGACGGUUAGAAACGUAAUAAUAGAAGAUACAGAAAGCGCGCUUGGAAUGGGUGGGGAUGUAUGAUAUUUUUUUUUCUGUCUCUCGCACAUGGAAUGUUUUUGAUCGGCGUGAGAUAAGGUUGUGUGCACAAUUGAAUUGAUUGGCACCUUUUUGGAAGGCAUUGAGAACCAGCCCGGCGCUUUCUUUCAACGGAUUGUAUGAACGAAAAAGUUUCGCGACAAAAAAGGGCUUUUGAAAUGAUAAU